AUGUUGACCGUCUCUACCACCAUCGUGCUCAUUGUUUUUGCUUCCAUCGUUAGUGGACAAAUUUUAGAGCAUAUUGAAAAUGGUAAACUAUGUACUGGAUGGCAAGCUAUUUCUCGCUCAUCAGUUGGUGUCAAUACUGCGCAAUGUUCAGGUAGUCUUGGUUAUGAAUUAGCUCAAGUUUCCGGCAUGUUUGCAAUACGUUUCUGUUGCCCCUAUCAACAAGUGACCCCACCCAUUGUUGAACCUGCACCAACUGAAUGUGGUCGUGCAGCAGUUGCUCCAAUACGUACACGAAUUGUCGGUGGACAAGACGCAGCACCACACUCUUGGCCUUGGCUUGUUUCUCUUCAAUAUCAUGGAGGCCAUUUUUGUGGUGGCACUUUAAUUGAUGAAUAUCAUGUUUUAACUGCCGCUCAUUGUCUUCAAGAUAGCUCAAUGUUUAAUUCAAAUUUGAAGGUUGUAGCCGGUCUUCAUGCACAAAGCAGACCAAAUGAAUCACAAGUUCAACAUAAACAAAUUGCAAGCAUAAUGAAUCAUCAAGGAUAUAAUGAGAAUACACAGGAAAAUGAUAUUGCUAUCAUUCGUUUAGCUUCACCUGUUCGACUCGAUAGUUAUGUCAAUGUUGCUUGUCUUCCACAAAAAGAUCCUGCUGUAAAUGAAAAUGUUAUGAUUGCUGGUUGGGGUACAACAUCAUUCGGAGGCAGUUCACCAGAUGCACUUCGUCAAGCUAAUGUCCUUAUCAUGAAUUCAUGUUCAAGCGUCUAUCGUUAUGAUGAUAGCAAACAAAUGUGUGCCGGUAAUCACCAAUUUACAAAGGAUUCAUGCCAAGGUGAUUCUGGUGGUCCACUUAUGCAUGAAGCUAAUGGUAAAUGGGUAAUUAGUGGAGUUGUUAGCUAUGGUCAUGAAUGUGCUAAAUUAAAUUAUCCUGGUGUUUAUGCUCGUGUUAGUCAUUAUUUACCAUGGAUUCAGAAUGCAAUCGCUACUUUAUCGGCACAAUAA